AUGCAUUUGGAUCACGUGGAUUCACGGGAAAUUUGGAAAGAUAAAAGAGAGAAAUUCGAAUUUCUGCCGAGAGUUCAAUCUGUGGCAAAUUUUGAGCUGAAAUCGAGAUUCGACUUGGCCAGAGAGUUUCUAGAAGAUUUUUCCGUGAAAAUUUUGAAGAAAUGUCAUCUAAACCUCAGCUUUAUGGACCUCCAAGAAGAAUCGCUGAAAUCGGAGUUGAAACGAUUUUUGUCAAAGCAAAGUUUCACGAAUUGUCGAAACAUUGCCUGGUCCGGGUUUCAAGCGAAUUUCUUUGAGUCGCUUUCACAAACGAAUGUGGAAUUUAUUCAAAUCUCUUGUCUAACCAUUGGUCAAUUUCAGAAAACCGUGAAGAAUUUGGUAAGAAACGGGAUUCCCAGCAAACAUCCCAUUGCGAAAAUCAAAAUUUUUGGUCCACACACGCAUUUGGAUGACAAAUAUUUGGCUUUUGAAGAAAUUCGGGAGAUUUUUCUGGGCUUACCGGAAGUUGAGAGUGAAGAUGGGUUGACGAUGGAUUGUUUUGAGGAAAACAGGGAUUUGUUGGACAAUUUCAUCAAUGAACGCGAGUUGAGGGUGGCUUUAGAUGCAGAAAUGUACAAUGAGGUGCACAAAAUCGAGGCGAUUUUCAGGAGAAAACUCGAUUCGGAGGAUAUUUUCUGCUAUUUUGGCUUGAUCUUUCGCUAUACGGCGAUGGCGGUCAACCCAAAUUUUCAGGCGGAAUUCCGGAUGGAGAACGUGAAAAGUAAGAAAAUG